AUGAAUAGUGUGCACGCCAUGGAUUACGUGAAAAAGUUUGACAUCGAACUUGACAAAGAUGUUUAUUAUGCUGGUGAGGUGUUGACUGGAAAUGUCAUUGCCCGGGUCACAGAGAAUAUAAAAGUACACGGUAUCCGUUUGGUGUUGAGAGGCAAAGCGCAUGUGGAAUGGAAAAUUAACAAAGCGGGAGAGAGACGUAAUGUUAGAGACGACGAAUAUUAUAUUGAUGAGAAGAGGAUUGUCUGGGGCAAAGACAAGAAGGAGGAUGGAGCUGCCCCUAUCAUGCCCCGAGGAAACCACAGAUAUCCCUUUGAAUUCAAACUACCUGAGAGUGCUCUCCCCUGCUCCCUGGAGAGUAAGAUGGGUACAAUACGGUACUAUGUGAGAGGUACCAUGGAUAUCCCUUACGCCUCAUCCCCACAAAGUGUCAAGUAUUUCUCUAUAAUAGGACCACACAUUGACUGUAUGGAUGAGCGUUUCCUGACUCCAACCAGGGCAGCUGAUAAACGUUACACAUGCUGCAUGUGCUGCACAAAGGGUCCUGUAGCACUUGAUGCCACGCUGGAACGAAGUGCCUAUUGUUGUGGUGACAACAUCAGACUCAAGGUGGAGAUACAGAAUGGUAGUGGACAGCAGGCUUGGAUCUUGUGUCGUCUCAUACAGAACGUGGAGUAUUUUAUAAACAAGGGUGUCCUUGGGUUACGGAAGGAUGUGAGCCAUCGCGUAUGGGAAUACAAGGGUGACAGUGUGAAUCCCAACCACACAGAAAGGUUCGACAAUCUACAGAACUUCCUACAGGUUCCUGUCAUGCCCCCGUCCCUAGUGGAUGUCUGUAACCUGAUACAGAUCUACUACACACUACAGGUUGGCCUUGUGAUGGAAGAUACUGGGGAAGUGCUGGAACUCAAUUUUCCAAUGACCAUAGCAACCACUCCUUAUCGGAUCACUAAUGCCCCCUAUCCCAUCAUGCAGUAUGAUGUGGCUGCCGAGAAUGUUGAAGGUGGGAUGUACAUUAGCUCUGAGUUCCAGGUUGGACAGGUUUACACGGGGGAUGAGGAGGAAAAUGAGAACGAAAUGUAUAUCAUCUACCGUCCUGUGUACAUAUGUAUUCCCCACGAACGCAUCAAGGUCACAAACACGGAGAAGGAUGUCAGCAUUUGUCGUGCAGGUUCACGAAUCUCCAUGACAAGGCUUGACCGAAAGACAUGGAAAAUGCAAACGACACAUGACUCCGAUAAAGAAGAUAGUUCUGUUCUAGAUCUUAAAACUGACACUCUGAGCCCUGAAAUGUCAGAUUUGGAUUUAAAAGAAUCUAUGGUAAUGAAAAAGGAGUUGAGUGACGUGGCAAAAGAAAUUGAUACUUCUGAUAACUUUCUUAAACCGUCAGAAAGUCACGGAAGUAUGAAACAAACAACAGAAUAUGAACCAGGUGAUAAGGAAAACAUAGUUGUUGUAGUUCAACCAGAACCACUCUCAUUACUGCAGCCAGACCCUGAAAUCAGACAAUGUGAAGAGGUUACACAGAAUAUCGUAAAUGACUGAGAUUAAUCAAAGUACAACCAAAACAUGACAUAUUACUUUACAAUACAUGUAUUGAGGCUGUUUGUUCGGGGAUGCAUGCCCCAUACAUAUUUGUCAGAGAUAUGACAUCAGCUGUGGUAAUCAGCUAUGGUA